UCUUUUUGUGACUAAACAUCACUGUCAAAAUAUUUAAGAUGUAAAACUAUGAAAAUUUUAUGUGAUCGUUCAAUAAAUAUAUAUUUGAACAUGCUGGUUAAAAUAACAGACGAGACCCACAUGCAACAACAGAUGACUGAAUAUGAACAAUCCGAUCAAUUACUGGUUAUCGAAUUCUUCGCAACGUGGUGCGCUCCGUGUAGAGCUUUCGCUCCAAAGUUAGCUGAAAUAGCAGAAACCGUUCCAUAUGUCCCAUUCCUACUUGUAGAUGUUGACGAUUGCGACGAAAUUGCGGCAACUUACAAAGUUAUGGCGACUCCUUACUUUAUAUUUUUGAAAAGAGGACAAGUUGUGGAUAAAUUCGCAGGAGCCAAUUUAGAAAAAUUUAAAAAUAUCAUUGAUGAACAUUCAAUUGCACCAGAAACGGUAACAGCUGUUGCAUAGUUAUAAUGUAUGUAUAUACGUAUUUUGAUCAUCAAUAAAGUUACUGUUCUGUUUUAGAAAUCU